UGGGACGGAAGAAAUGCCCGCGGCAGGGAAGGCGGGACCGACAGCGGCGAGGCCUUUGUAGCCUGAGAAAGUGCGCGGAGUGGGGGAGGAUCUCAGAGAAGUCCCUUUACUAAAGGGGUGUGCGCGAGAACCUCAAAGAGUGAUCGGACCUCGCCUAGGAAGGACCCUGGAGAAGCACUGCUACCCGCCCCCUCCGCUUGUUCAAAACACAGACAAGUCUUCAUGAGGCUCGUCGGCAGAGUAAAACACAGCCAGGAACCCACACGUAUAUUGAAGAUUUAUUGAGUCCACUCACGGACACCCAGCCCAGCGCCUACCGGCGGCAGCUUCCAAAGGCGGCCAAGGAUGACCACCCUCACGCGCCAAGACCUCAACUUUGGCCAAGUGGUGGCGGACGUGCUCUCCGAGUUCCUGGAGGUGGCCGUGCACCUGAUCCUCUACGUGCGCGAGGUCUACCCGGUGGGCAUCUUCCAGAAGCGCAAGAAGUACAACGUGCCGGUUCAGAUGUCCUGUCACCCAGAGCUGAACCAGUACAUCCAGGAUACACUUCACUGCGUCAAACCACUCCUGGAGAAGAACGAUGUGGAGAAGGUGGUGGUGGUGAUUUUGGAUAAGGAACACCGCCCAGUGGAGAAGUUUGUCUUUGAGAUCACUCAGCCACCCUUGCUGUCCAUCAAUUCAGACUCCCUCCUGUCUCAUGUGGAGCAGCUGCUUAGAGCCUUCAUCCUUAAGAUUAGUGUGUGUGAUGCUGUCCUGGAUCACAACCCUCCAGGCUGCACAUUUACAGUCCUUGUGCACACAAGAGAAGCUGCAACUCGAAAUAUGGAGAAGAUCCAGGUCAUCAAGGACUUCCCAUGGAUCCUGGCAGACGAGCAGGAUGUCCACAUGCAUGACCCCCGGUUGAUACCUCUAAAAACCAUGACGUCGGACAUUUUAAAGAUGCAGCUCUACGUUGAAGAGCGAGCUCAUAAAAACAGCUGAGGGCGUGCCUGCCACCAGCUGCCCAGCUGCCCCACUCUGGGGCCCCGCAGCCCAGGGCGGUGUUGCAGGGCCCCAGACUCCAAGUGCUCUUAUUGCCUUGACAUGUGGCUGCCCCUCUGGUCAGGCUGCUCAGCCCUGCUUGCCUUUGUGAGGCAGCCUUCCCAGGAGCCCAGGGAAGGAUGCCAGGACAGACAGACGCCAUUUCUCAGCAGCCUCCUGGGCUCAGCUGGCUAACACUGUCCAUCUGAAAUACUGUGCCGUGUGUCAUUGUUAAUAAAGUGGCCCCAAGGGCUGACUGCAUUGUCAUUAACCAAA